AUGUAUUACCAAAGAGAAAUAAUCAAAUGGAUUGAACGGAAAAGCAAACUUGAGAAAGGGAAGCGCAGCGGUAGGUACGUGCUGCUUCGCUUCAAACGGGCAGUUAGGGAGUCCCUUUUGGGGGAACUGCUCUGUGAGGUCAGUUUGGAUGCAGGGGUGAAAAGCCCCGCUCCAGGGCAAAAGCUAAUCACUGUUACUGCGCGUGGAAUUGGUAAUGAUUCGCUCGGUUGGCGCGAUUCGCCUGGUUCACUCGUUUCACGUAGAGACCCCCCAAAAGAGUGCAUAUCGAAGGAGUGCAUAUCGGAGCGUUUGCCAAAAGUGCAUCUCCUGAAGAGAACCAUACAGAACUUCUCCAACCUGCGCCGCCUACUCGGGCGCAACGACCGAGUCUAUGCGGAUCUGGCGCGGGUGUUCUCGCAAGAGUUACAGGGAAGAGAACAAGAGACACUUCACCGUUACGAGAAGGAUGAACCGAAUGAUCGAAUAAGCCGAUAUGACCACGUGGAGUACCUCCCCAGUGGGCUUCUCCAACGGGCCACCGAUACGCUAGACAUAGUAGACUUAGUGCACCUCUUCAACUUUUACAUCUCCAUUGAAUGGCACCGAUUCAAUUUUCUAAUUCUAAUUUUAAGGUGCAUAAUCAGUAUGGGAAACAUGGCCGACACGAAGCAAGAGACGUGUCUUAAGUUGCUAGAAUCGUGUGCCAAUCUGAGGAUAGAAAUAGAGAAAAAUCUGAAGUCACAAAAAGGAGGAUCCAUUUUUACGAUACAAAAGGGGUCCAUCCAUUGGGGCAAGUUUGACCGCUUUGAGUUAAUGCCAAACAGAGUGCCUUCUAUACGUGUGUCACCUGGUCAGGUGAAACGACUCAGCGGGAGGUCUGUCCCCACGUGGCGACAUUCACCAAAAGGGUUGCACAAUACGGUCAAGUUACGGAAGAGAGGGAAAAAUGCGCUCAGAUCAUUUCCUGUAUGUCGGAGAAGCCACCAUUUUCAGGAGACCUACGCUAAAUGGAUGAAAAGAAGGUUCAAAUCAGAAAUGGAUGUUUGCAAUGGUCUGAUAGAGCAGUGUGCUUAUCUCGUUUUAGGAAGAUCGGGACAGCUGAACGAUGCAGACAUGAAGUACGUAAAGGUAUUACGUCGAGGGGGGCUCUACCUAAACGGGGGUGAUUCGUCAAACUCGUUCACGAACCAAUUGGCGGAUUACGUAAAUGCCAAGUGUGAGUGUCUCCCACCAGAUGAGCUCAUAACCUGGGUGGAUUACUUAACCAAAGCGAGAAGAGACGCGAAAAGGAGAGGGGGCACAGGGGUAGACCCCAAAGCUGGGAAAAUCAAACUGACGAGAGCCAUCACCCGGAUCAAUCAACACCUCUGCGCUUCUAUUCAAAGAAAGACAAAUGAGUACUCCGUGGGGGAAGUUUGCAGAGUCUUAUCCUUGUGCGCGAGGAACAAACAUUACGAUGAGAAUCUCCUGGAUGGGAUCACCGCAUAUGUUGUGGACAAUUUAGAUCAAGUCAGCUCGAGAAGACUCACCCGAUUGGCCAUAAAUAUCCAUGACAAGCUGGGUUACACAAGGAAUGAGUUCCUGUUGGCGAUUGUGAAUCGGUACAGGCCGCCUCCUCGGAGGGGUGCUCAUUCGGAAGGGAGUAGCAAAAGGAGGGGGAAGAGGACUGAUAAGCGGUGGAGCAAUAAAACUGAUAGGCGCUGCUUUGAUAAGAUCCAGACGAUUCGGAAGGAGGAGAACGCCCCACCCGAAACCGUCCCCCGUAGAGACUUCCAAAGCGUAAAAAUAAGACAACUGCUUCGCUUCCUGAAAGUUCUCAUCAAAAACGACAUACACCUGGAUGAGGAAUGGGCGGAUUACUUCCUCUCCUUGAUGAAGAAAAAAUUCACGCAUAUCAGGAGAGGGCAGCACCUUCAGAAUCAAAUUGCAAAGGUACCCAUUCCGACCUGUGAGGAAAUGAAAGAAGAGAUAAUCCCCUUCGUAGAAUUAACUCAACCAAAUUGCGAACUCGAGGUCAUUCUCGACGAGACGGAUCAGUUGAGCUCCAACAAAGGAGGAGAAACCGCUUGCCUGUACAAUGUCCCCAUGCCAGGUGGAGCCGCACCCCCUAACCAACAGAAGAGUGUGCAGGAGAAUUGCCCUACCCGAGUGACUUCUCCAGUUGGAGGACAGCGUAACCACCGUGGAGACUCACACGGAGAGACAAAUCACCCACACCUCGCCAUAACAUACAAUACAGUGACCACUACGGGGGCCUGGACAAAUGCCCCUGAGAGGGGCCCCCCAAGGCAAACCCCCCUACAAAAGAACAACAUACCAAAUGGAAACGGAGGAAGAAGGGAUCCCCCAUUUGGUGAACACCCCAUGAAGAAACAGACUCAGCAUGAAAGCAACUACUUCGAAAACCUAGCCAACGCGCGAAACAUCCUUUUGGCAAUACAGAUUGUACUGCUUCACCUGGCGGAGGAGCACCCGAAUGGUUGUCUUGAAGAUGGUCCGCCUCACCCAUGCCUGUCAUCCCGACUCAACGAGCUAACCCUUACACAGCUAUCCCUGCUGCACAGGACAUAUGCGCUGUGCUCCUCCUACAUCGAUUCUUCCCUGAGUGCGCAGAGGAGCUUGAACAAUCAGAGGGUCACUUCCUCGUCGAGACUCCACAAACAGGUCAUGUCCAUCCUGGCGCACGUGCAUCCCCAAGGCGAAAUCCUAAGCGAGUUCGUCCAUCACCCCUUCCAAGUGGACAUAUGCCUCGGGAGGAAGCCCUGCUAA